ACCUCAACUUCUGACGUGUCAUCAGAUCCCAUCGCAUGCACGAAACACUAAAGUAUUUUAUGUGAGAAUGUAACAACAAAUUUGCAACGUUAGAGUAAAUAAUUUGACACUAUUAUCUUUUGAAAAUUGAUUGAUAUUUCUAAGAAAAUAUACGGAAUUUCUAUCCACUUUUAAAAUUGAUUACCGCCGCACGUACUUACGGUACAUGUGGAUGUGUAAACCUAUGAUGCUGAAGAAAUAAGAAUAAGAACUUUAAAAAGACAAGAAUUGGAAAGAAAUAAUUAUUUAUUAAGAAAAAUUACUAAAGAUAACAGUAAUUUAAUCUUCGAUAAGAGGGUGUUACUUAAGUGUUAAAUAAAUUUAAUGCAAAAUAUAACUGCUUAUAGAGUAUAUCGUUAAGUAUAGAUGUAUACCUAACUUCUUGUACGUAGCAGACAGUUUUUCAUCAUCACAAACUACACGAAGUGUUGAACGGAUUAUUUAAGAAUGUUGUGUAAAGAAAUUAUUAAAUCUAUAUCACAAAUUAAAAAUGGGCAGGCGUUAUUAUAUAGGUCUGCCACUUCACAUAUGCAUUAUACUAUGAAAUAUAGUACCAAUGCUAAAAGUAAGAAGUGUGAUGAUGACGAUUAUGAUAAACCUGUAAAGUAUUCAACUUCUGAAGCAGCAAAUUGGCCUGCUUGCGGUACAGGUACUAAGGGCCCAGACAUACCACGUUAUCAAACAUUAAUUAUAAUGACAAGUCUUGCUCUUUUUCUUAUUUACUUCGGUAUCCUUAGAGAAGAAAAUGAUAUUGAUCAAAAACUUACUGAUGGUAUGAGUCCUGAAGCGAAAGAGUUUUUAUAUGGACUUAAACUGCAGCAGGAGAAACAAUUAUCUGCAUACAGGAAAAACAUGUAGUUUACAUUAGAAAUUUAUUACAGAAAUGAACCUUUAUUAUAUUAUAAAAAGUUAUAAAUAAAUAAUUACAAGGGAUAUAACAAUUCACCCCAUAUUAUAUUUUUUGUUAUCUUAUUCCAUUCGAUAGGAGGAUGUUGAGUAAUUGUAUCUGGCAUACAUUUAUUCCAUGUAUAUUGCCAUGGUGCAGUAACCAUUGUCAUUAUUAAUAUAAUUGGUCCAAUAGCAGGGUGAGAAUGUAACUUAAUAUUUACAGUACCUAAAUAAAGAAAAAGGUGUUAAUAUAUUAUGAUGUUAAGUAAAAAUAGAAUAACAAAUGAAUUAUCUACAAGAUAUUUUACUUACUACGUGUACUGUAAGAAUGCAGAAACCAUUUGAAAAAUGUAUACACAGGUAUAAUUUGAAGAUAAAAUUUCAUUCUAGUUAGGAAACCUCCAAAACUAAUCAGUGCUAAUCUGAGCUGUAAUAAAUAGUCAUUAUAUACCUUAUAAUUAUUAUACUUAUGAUAACAUAUACUUGCGUACCGUAGUGAAAACUGCAUAAUACACCCAUGUUGUUGGCAUAAGGAACAGAAGUAUUGUAAACAAUAAUGUCCCUACAAAUAAUUGAUCUGGCUGGUAUUGACAGGAGUCAAUUCUCUCUCGUAAUGGAUUCUUUUUUUUGCCUAAAAAUAGUCUGACUAAUCCUGUGAUGCCUUUCAAUUGAACAUUGAACAACCUAGUACAGAAAUGUAGUUAAUAAUCCAUUUGCCUCUUAAAUAUCAUAUUUUAUUACCUUGUUGCAUACACAUAAAUGCAAUAUGUAUGAAAACUAACAAGAGCUAGCAGAUCUGCUGCUAUUGCUAUUUGAAAUGUAAUGCCCAGUCUUCCAAAUAAUACUAACACUUCAAAAGCAAAAUCCAUUACAGGUUUCAUAAAUAUCAAGAACGUCCACCACAAAUGUAUGUGAUACUGAAAAAAUUUUCCAAGCAUAUUAUUCAAAGCAUGAUUUAAUUUUAAUCCAGCUGGUACGCCCAUUAACCAGUUUAUUAAAUCCUUGAGUAAUGUCACAACUUUCUAGAAAAGAUGUAUGUGCUUAGCUGUUGAAUGAAAUAUCAUGUAUCACUAUUGAUAUUAUUACAUUAAAUUUUGAACUUGCCUCUGCAUUAUUCAAAAGUAUUUGAGAUGGAGAUGUAUAUUCCAGAUAGUGUAAUAACAAUUGCAAUACAAAUAUUCCUAAUAACAUAUCUAUUAUUAGUGCAAAUACAUAAUUACCAGUCUUCAA